CGCUUUUCACAUUUUCAACAUAUUCAGAGAUUAAAAUUUUUUUGCAGUAAAAAAUUCUCAAAAAUCCCACCAAAAUUUAAUUCUUUUUCAGCCCCAAUGCCUCUCUUAGCCUUUCCAACAACUUCUUCAACAAACCCACCUCGUCAAGUAACAUUUGGCUGUUCUCUUUCACAGCCUACAACACCUAGAAAUGUUCAAAGAAUGUUUGGCCCAUUUGACGAUAUUCAACAACAACAAAAUUUUGAACAACAAAAACAUCAACAACCUCCCCUCCAAAAUUUAACUUUUCUCCAUUCUCCCCCAAAUAAUCGUCGAAAUGAAAGCAAAACAAUUUUGUUUUCUUCACAACUCCCUCAAAGAAAUGGUUAUGUUGUUCAAAGUAGCGAUUUGACUGAAUUAUAUGGAAAUAAUUUAAAUGGGAGAACAGCUGCGAGUGCUAGAUAAUUUUUUAAAAAAAUUUCAAAAAAUUUGUUUAUAUUUACAAGAAUCUAUAUAUUUUUUGACAUUCCUUUUUUUUAUAAUUUUUCUUUUCCCGGUCUU